AUGACGGAGCCCCUCUUGAAUUUGCUCGUGUUGUCAUGGUUGCUCUCUGGAGGCGACGCUGCGCCAUCACACCAAGCUGAUACUAGUUCUGCGGCUGAGAGACAAGGCGCGCGCCUCCGCUCCACAGGAUUUCUAGCUGCCGGCACUCUCCGCGCGCCGGAGCACUUCCGUGCAUUCCUCGCCGUCCUGGGGGCGAUCAACCUCAUCAACGACGUCAAUGGCCCCCCCAAGAUCCUGUCAAGCUGCCUCACUCCCGGCACCACCGAGCACGGUACCAUCAUUGAGCGCCGCAAAACCAAGAACCCCUUCCGUAAGCUUCAGAAGCUUCUGCAGCCGGUAAUCGACCGCCUGGUCCCGAGUAGGCCGCCCAGGUUCAAGGGAUUCAAGUACAAGUACUUUUACGCACCGGAGAAGCUCAAAAUCUACAUCUACUACCAUAUUAUAAGCUUUGACGGUGUUAUUAUUAUCGUAGACGCCCUCCCAGGGUCGUACGCGUCCCUCGCAGGUAACUAUAACAGUACCUCUAUCUACGAGGUCGGCCACUGGAUGGGCCUCUGCUACGUCUUUAACGAGACACUCGUGGAUUCGAUAACCUACGUGCUCGAAAUCCUAUACCAGGACCACCUGCAGUGCGUAGAAGACGACGCCAUCGACCCCAUCGACAUUUCGCUCGACCCUCCGCCGGACCCUACUACCUAG